UUAUUCCAGAGUCAUUUACAGAAAUAAAUUUAUAUUGCAAUGUAUAGUUUAUAUGACUGACUGCACAUCAUGGUCAUAGUACCUCAUUACAGUUGUUGGAAAUUUAGUGGGAUACGCUGUAGAAAAAUUGAAAUGCAUUUUCCUAACCUUCUUCACUCUGUUUUAUAGUAGAUUUAGCUUAAGCUAGUCAUUCUGUUGCUGUGGACUUUCAUGGACAAAUAAUGCAUAUCUUGUCCGUAUACAUUCCAGUGUGUACACAACUAAGCUAUGCAAAUCUAGGUCAGGUUCUUAGCUUCUAUACUUGGUUUUUGUAAACGCCCUGUAAAUUUCCUCAAUAAAUAGUAAACUAUUGCAUAUCUCAAAUGUGCUUAUGGGAUAAAAAAUAUAUUCUUAUAAUGAUGGUUUAAAUCAGUGAGAACAUGUGCUUCAGAUUUGGCAGCAGCUUUGUUUGUAUGACAGAACGAGAGAGAGACAGAAGGAGGGAGAAGAAAGGGGAGGGGUGCAGGGAGCAUGCAGGCAUGCGCAAGCAAGAGAGAGACAGAGAGCAAGGCUGGAAGAAUGAAGGCUGUGACGCACGAUUAUCUUCCCUCUGCCGACUCAUUGGCUGCUGGGUCCGCCCGUCAGUGAGCUCAGGUUCAGGGCUAUGCCAUCAGGGCAGAUUAUGAAGCAGAUCUUGUCUCUAGUGCUCUCCUCCACUUGUCUCAAUGGCUGAACACAGGCUCUCCACGCUUCUCUUGCUGUGGCUCUUUGUGUGCAUGCAGCCGGCAUGGCCCUUUGAUCAAGUGCCUGAAAUCCUGGACAGGAGCUUGGAGGUCCCACCAUUUCAAGGUAUCAGAAUCAGACCAGAUGGAGUAGGCAUUGAAAGUUCAAGUGUCUCACACGAGGAGAGUUUUUCGCCUGCAGCUGAAAACCCACUCCGAAAAAUGUUGCAGCCCUAUGGAUGGCAUUUGCACACUCAGCCCAGAACUAAAAGGAAGUUACUUCAGUCUACUAGCUCAGGGCCAUACUCUCCUCUGAGUGUAGCUUAUAAUGGCAAGAUAUGCAUCCUGUUCAAGGCCAAGAGGCUGGCUAUUCGCUACAGAAACAACACUUUUCUGGACUUAACAGAAAGGGUAUUUGGACCCAAUGCCUCUGUAGACACCAAAGGCUCUGUAUGCACCAAAGAAAAGGCUACCCUUUCUCUUCACUUGGGAGAUGUGGAGGACAUUAAGGGACUUGUCAUUAGGCUCCAAAUGUCCAACACAUUUUAUGAGUCAGUAGGCCAGAAUUGGUUCACUUUGGACAGUGUUCAUAUCCACUACAACUGGACCCAUGAGGCAACAUUCAACGCCACUGAGGUCUACGCUCCCGCUACCUACUCAUACCACUGCCAGCACGUCAGCAGCCUACAGAAAUAUGACACCUUACUGGUACCCAGCUCCCACACAGAUAGCUCUGCGAACUGGCACAUCACCUUUACAGACUUCCAAAUCCAAGCCUUCAAUGUGCAAUCCAACAAAUUUGCGUCAGCCAGUGAUUGCGCAACCUUCUUUACGCCAGCCAUCCUGAUGGGACUCAUCACGUCUCUGAUAUUGCUGCUAGUGUUGGCCUAUGCCCUGCACAUGGUAGUCCACCUCAAGCACAUUGACCGAUACGAGGAGCACAAGACCACUGUCUACUUCCCACGUAUGCCCGAGGCUGAACUCCCUGACAAAAACAGUGUUUAG